AUGGCUUCGCGGGCCAGCACAGCUCCGGGUGAGAACGACGGCAGCCGUAAGAAGCCCCGCCUGGCAGCGUAGCUGCAGACAGUCCCGGGUCCUGCCCCUGGGGACUCUCGGCCAGUGGGCCAAGACCCCUGGGAGCCCGCGCUCCCACCCAGCGUGGAGAAGGACGAUGAGGGUGGCGGGCAGCCCCAGGCCGUGGUGGCAAGGGACGGUGGGCCUGGGGAACUGGGGGCAGCCCGGGCACGGGAAGACCGGGGGGGACGGAUGGGGAGGUCCCCGAGGGUCUCUGUCGAGCCUGCUGGGGACUUCCCCGCGGCGGCCAGGUGGCUGGGCCCACAGCCCAGAGACCCGUGCUCCGGCCGGGCCGUGGCCGCGCUUGCGCAGUACGUGGCGGCUGGAGCCUGCCUGACCUUCCGAGAGGACCAGUCCCCAGGUCCCUGUUUCCCCUUCUCUGUGUGUGAGGAACUGGAUGGGGUGGUCUGCCCUGCGGGCACCAGAAAUAACAGAGCGGAGGCCAAAAAGCAGGCGGCUGUCUCUGCCUUCUCUUACAUCAGGAGUCAGCUGGAGAGCCCAGGUAAGGGAGGGACCCCCAGCAGGCCUCCACUUGCCUCCCUGAGCACUGAGAACAUUGUCACCCACGAGCAGCGCUGUGCAGCUGUGGUCAGCACCGGCUUUGACCGCCUGCUGGAUGAGAACUCACCGUACCGGGCCUGCAAAGGGACUGUGGCUGCUGUUAUCCUGGAGAGGGAGAUCCCGGGUGCCAGGGGCCAUGCCAAGGAGAUCUACCAGCUGGUGGCACUGGGCACAGGCAGCAGCAGCUGUGCUGGCCGGCUGGAGUUCUCUGGCCGCCAGCUCCAUGACUGUCACGGUCUGGUCAUCGUGCGCCGGGCCCUGCUGAGGUUCUUGUUCCGGCAGCUCCUGCUGGCCACGCAGGGUGGCACCAAGGGCAAGGAGCAGUCCUUGCUGGUCCCUCAUGCUGGGCCCGGGCCCUGCUUCGCCCUCAAGCCCGGGAUCUUCCUGCACCUCUAUGUCAGUAACACCCCCAAGGGAGCGGCCCACAACAUCUACUUCCCAUCAUCCUCGGAGGGUGAUUCCCUGCACAGGCCGCCCUUCCGUCUUCAAGCGCAUGUCCGCGGGCAGCUGGAGUCUGUGUGCUAUGUGGCACCCGCGCUACGCAGCACCCACGUGGUCUGCCUCUCAGCCAGUGACAAGCUGGCACGCUGGGCCGUGCUGGGACUGGGUGGCGCCUUGCUGGCCCACUUCUUGCCACCUCUCUAUGCCACCAGCCUGGUCUUGGCUGACCCCCACCAUGACCUGCCCACUCUGAGCUGGGCCAUCCAUGGCCGGCCCAGCCUAGACAGAGUCUUGGGGCCAUGCCUGCCGCCUCCCUACAUCCGUAGCACCCUGCACCUGUUUGCAGGGCCCCCUGUGGCCCCCUCUGAACCUACCGCCAACACCUGCCGUGGCUUGAGCCUCAACUGGAGCCUGGGGGACCCUGAUGUCGAGGUUGUGGACGUGACCACUGGGCGCGUGAAGGCCAACACUGCCCUCGGGCCUCCCUCCCGCCUCUGUAAGGCAGCCUUUCUCCGGGCCUUUCACCAAGCCGCCCAAGCUCUGGGGAAGCCCCACCUCCUGGCCUUGAAGACCUAUGAAGCUGCCAAGGCUGGGACCUACCAGGAGGCUCGCAGGCAGCUCUCUGUCCUCCUGGAUCAGCAGGGCCUAGGGGCUUGGCCCUCAAAGCCACUGGUGGGCAAAUUCAGAAACUGA